AUGCAACUGUUCGUAUUGAAACUAGAGGGCGCAAGAACCCUCACAGGCCGCUCCUUCAUCCCCACGCAGCCUCGAACAUCAGGAACAUCUCGGCUGAUACCCCUUGUCGUCUGCAUACAUGGAGCAAGCUAUGAUUCUGAGUAUUUCGACAUCGACUCUCAGCAUUCCAUAUUCACGCUCGGAGAGACUCUUCAGAUACCCAUCGUUGCGAUCGAUAGACCAGGAUAUGGUGGUAGCACGGCCUACCCCGAUCCAAAAAUUAAGAAUGAAGACCUCGAAAGACGAUGCACUACAUUCGUCCAGGAACAAGGUAAAUACCUCAACUCGAUUAUUCUACCAGCAUUGUGGAAAGAAUUUGGAUCCAGUGCAUCCAGUAUGGUGGUACUGGCACAUUCGAUAGGAGGAAUGAUGGCCAUCGUGGCUGCUGCAGAACCGAAAAAGUAUCCUCUGGUAGGGCUGGUCGUGUCUGGAAUCGGCUGCAAGAGCCACAUGCAUGAGUCGCCAAAUCCAAGUCACAGAAAUGAGGGGGAUAGCCACGGAAGCCGUGACAGCGACCAAGCAGACGAGCAACAAAUGCAUAUUCGCUUCAAUCCUAACGUGAAAGAUAGAUUGAUGCUUAACUUUCCACCCAAAGCAAAUGAAGUACUGCUUAUCGACCUGAAAAUCUCCUCGCACACGGAGGCCCUUAACAAGCCUGUUCCCCUGGGUGAGCUACAUGAUGUCCGCACGAUGUGGCAGAGCUACUGGCGUUCGUAUGCCGAGCGGGUUACUGUGCCUUUUCUAUAUGCGAUAGGUGACCAGGAUGGCUUUUGGGACUCAUCGGAAGAAGGCACCAUGCAAUUCACCGAAAUAUUCCGGACAAAGAGUCCUAAGGUUGAGAGUGUGGUUAUACCACUGGCGCCUCACUGUAUGGAGAUGAGCCUGCAGGGAACGGCGUGGCUGUUACGCUGUCUGGGAUUCGCGAUUGAAUGUACUAUGGGUCAACGUAAGAAACACUGA